AUGGACAAUGAUGGUGGAAAUUCUUCUUUCUCUUCUAGUUCUUCGAGUAGUGGUAGUUCUUCUAAUUCAUCAAGUCAAACAGGUCAAACUGGAACUGCAUAUUGUAUUUGUCCGAUUAUUCCUUUCAAGAACAAAGAGAAAAUUAGAGAGCAACUCGCAAAAGCAAUUCAUAAAAAUAUGGGAAAAUUGAGUGGAAGUUGUUAUAACGAUUGUGUUGCCAAUGACAAGAAAAAAAAUAUCUAUUUAAGAAAUGAAAUAAGUAAUACAAACAGUAGAUUAGAUGGUCUUACUUCUUCCUAUAAUAUUUCUUAUGAGGAAGGUAGAGUAGAAGAAUAUUUAAAAACUCAAAUUGAAAUACCACCAAAAGAUUGUCGAAUAAUGUAG